AUGCCUUCUGUCAAGAGCCUUCUGUCGGCUGCCGCUGUGGCAUGCUUGGCCAGCGCAGAGACGAUCAAGAUCACGGCGACUUCGUCCAACACUUUCGACCCCUCGACCGUUACGGCAUCCCAUGGCGAUAUCCUCGAAUUCCACUUUGAGCCGAAGAACCACAGCGUGGUUUCGGGUCUCUACGCAUUCCCUUGCACUCCCAUGCAAUUGGGCACCGGAUUCUUCUCAGGAUUCACCUUCAACACCACCGAUGGCGAAGCAGACAAAGUUUUCCGCGUCACGGUAAACGGAACCGACCCGACUCCCUUCUACUCCUCGCAGGGCAACGAGUGCUCCGGUGGAAUGGUGGGAAUCAUCAACCCCAGCAAGAACCAGACGCUUGCAGACUUCAAGAAGCGAGCCUCUGCCUUGGCAAGGAGCGUCUCGCCCGGCAGAACAGCCUUUGGUGGUGAUAUCGCCGACAACGACGACGACUCAUCCAACUCUACCAGUGGCGGCAACAGCAGCAGUGGCGGCAAGGGUGGUAGUAGCGGUGGCAGUGGCAGCGGUAGCAGCAGCGGCAGCGGCUCAGACAAGGACGGCAAGGAUAACGGCAGUGUUUCUUUGUCUGUGUCGAUUGGCGCACUGGCGCUUGCUAUGCUCAUGGCCAUUUAA